GUGGAAGAUCUGAAGCAUUUCAUGUUCAUCGGUCGUGAUACUGCUAAAGAACCGUCUGGGGAUGUCCAAAAGAUCUGGAACUCCAUACACAAGUCAGAUUACAAAGAUAAACUUAUUUUUUUAACCAUCCAAAAUUUGCCUAUUUUUUAAAUUAUUUUCUAAAGUUUCAAAUUAGCUUCCAAAGUUAUAAGUUUAUGCCAUUUUAUUUCAAUUAUUAAUAUCGUCCUCAGUUCUCACUCACUGAGAUAAUUUUAAAAUUUUGAACACAAAUGUUUGGGAGGCGAAACGGAAAUUUUUCUGUGCUGCAAAAUUGCGCCGUAAUUGCAAAAAUGCUGGUCUCCUCGCUCCUCCUCCUCCUCCGCCUCCCACUCCACACCGCCUGAUUGACUCUCAUUGCUACCUUCCAUUCUCACACAUUUCCUAAAUGCCAUGUCCUCCCGUCUCAUUCGCUCUUGAAAGUUGAUGGACUCCUCCAUCCUCGGAAGCUCUCAAUUUCUAAAUAUCGGUCGUUUCCGCCAUUAUAUAAAGCUUCGACUUCCCCCAUGAUCGAUCGCAAGCCUGGCAAGGACUCCCUUGCAUAAUGAAUCCGCCAUUUUAAUUUCCAUGUUUAUAAUUUAUUUCAACAAUUGAAGAAGGUUAGAAAAUGGGAACAUGCGAAACACAAUCGUUGGGUGUGCUACUACUAUUGUCCUGGGCAAUAACCAUACAAGCACGUUCAUCUUUGUAUGUAACAUACAAAGAUCCCAGUCAACCAGUGAAUAUUCGAGUGAAAGAACUAUAUAAGCUCAUGACUCUUGAGGAAAAGAUAGGCCAAAUGACACAAAUUGAGAGGACAGUAGCCACACCUCAGGUCUUGCAAGACUAUUUCAUUGGUAGCAUAUUAAGUGGUGGUGGAAGUGCUCCUGCUCCGAAUGCCACUGCGCAGGCUUGGAUAGAUAUGGUAACCAAUUUCCAGAAGGCUAGUUUGUCAACACGCUUGGGAAUUCCCAUGAUUUAUGGGAUUGAUGCUGUUCACGGAAACAAUAAUGCCUAUGGUGCAACGGUGUUUCCACACAACAUUGGUCUCGGGGCCACAAGGGAUCCUUAUCUGGUAAAGAGGAUUGGUGCUGCAACGGCACUUGAAACGAGAGCUACAGGCAUUCCUUAUGCUUUUGCACCCUGUAUUGCAGUUUGCAGAGAUCCAAGGUGGGGACGGUGCUAUGAGAGCUAUAGCGAGGAUCACAGUGUUGUACAGGCAAUGACAGACAGUGUCCUUGGUUUACAAGGAGAUAUCCCUGGAGACUACCCAAGGAACUUUCCUUAUGUCGCUGGAAAGAACAAUGUAGCAGCUUGUGCCAAACAUUAUGUUGGUGAUGGUGGCACGCAAAAAGGAAUUAAUGAGAAUAAUACUAUUAUUGAUUAUGAAGGUCUUCUUAGCAUCCAUAUGCCUCCAUUCGUUGAUAGCAUUGCCAAGGGUGUGGCCAGCGUCAUGGUUUCUUAUUCAAGUUGGAAUGGAAAAAAAAUGCACGCCAACCGUCACCUUAUCAUUGGCUACCUCAAAGAGAAGCUUGGUUUCAAGGGAUUCGUAAUAUCAGACUGGCAGGGGAUCGACAGGAUCACCUAUCCUCCUGGUGAAAAUUACACUUACUCAGUUCAAGCUUCAAUUAAUGCUGGUCUGGACAUGGUGAUGGUUCCAUAUAAUUAUACAGGGUUCUUUAGCGCCGUGAAGUCCCUUGUUAAUGCCAACGUUAUUCCCAUGAAAAGGAUUAGAGAUGCAGUAAAAAGGAUCUUGCGGGUAAAGUUCAUCAUGGGCUUGUUCGAGAACCCUCUUCCUGAUCCGAGCUUAGCUAAUCAGCUUGGAUCACAGGAGCACAGAGACUUAGCUAGAGAAGCCGUGAGGAAAUCACUCGUGCUUCUAAAAAAUGGAAAGCCUGGCUCCCAACCUCUACUGCCCUUGCAAAAGAACGCCCCUAAAAUCCUCGUCGCCGGAACUCAUGCUGAUAACUUGGGUUUCCAGUGCGGUGGUUGGACGAUUAAUUGGCAAGGAAGCAGUGGACAAACCACUGCCGGUACCACGAUCCUUCAAGGCAUUAAAUCCACAGUUGAUCCUUCGACACAGGUGGUCUUCUCGGAGAACCCUGACGCCGACUUUGUGCGGAGCCAAGGAUUCUCUUACGCCAUUGUUGUGGUCGGGGAGGCACCCUACGCCGAGACGUUCGGGGACAACCUCAACCUCACCAUCCCCGCACCUGGACCGAGCAUAAUCCAAACGGUUUGUGGCGCCGUCAAGUGUGUCGUGGUCCUCAUCUCUGGCCGGCCCCUCGUCGUCGAGCCGUACGUUCCGGCGAUGGACGCGCUUGUGGCCGCGUGGCUCCCGGGCUCCGAAGGCCAAGGGGUGGCCGAUGUCCUCUUCGGAAACUUUGGGUUUACCGGGAAGCUUCCGCGCACCUGGUUCAAGACGGUCGCCCAGCUGCCGAUGAACGUCGGCGACACGAAUUACGACCCCUUGUUCCCGUUUGGUUUUGGGCUCACAACCUGAGUGUUGCAAAACUGGAAAAAAAUGGAUGAAAAUUGGAUCAAAUUGGGUUACAUACUGUGUAAGGGAGAAUAGUUUGAAUAUCCAAAGAUUUAUAACAACAAAGUUGUUUA